AUGAUCAUCAACCCUGGGGACACAAUGGGCGCCAGCGGGGACCCCAUGGACACCGUGAUUGUGGCGGAGAAUGGGAAUGAGCAGAGCAGUGACUACCUGGCUGCCCUGCGAGCAGCGUCUUCAGACCCUUACAGAGCAACGCUUGCAGACAAGCUGCGCAGCCUGUAUGACAGCGGCGCAGUCCCCUCGCUGCCCUUCCUCAGUGCCUCAGACGCCUGCCCCAUGGCCCUCCUGAACGAUGUGCGCGACCCCUACAGGCGACCAAACGGCGGCUGCCAAGCCACGGGAUACAGCAUGCAGCAGGCGCCAACAGAGGAUGACCUGGCAGCAGCGCUGUCAUCCCUGAUGGGUCAGCAGCCCAGCAGAGACGGCAUCACAGCCUCUCCCUACCCCCAGAGCGACAGCACAGCGGCCGUCCCACCAGAUGUGGCCAGGCGGGUCAGCCAGAGCCAGACACUCAGCAAUCUGCUGCGCACUCUCGCGCACCACAGGCGAGUGGCAGCCACCAGCAUUCUGUCUCCAGAGGAGGCCCAGCAGAACCAGCAGGUUGUGAGUAACACCCAGGAAGCCCUCCGCUGCCUGCUCAAUGUUCCCUGA